AUUUUUAAAAAAUACAAAGCCUUUCAUUUAAAGAAAAAAGAAAGACGAAAAGUCCGUAUAAAGAUCAUGCGCGAUCACAAGUUGCAUUUUGGUCAUGUUCCAUUAGAGAUGCUAGGAGAUGCCCAUAGCAACCUUGGUAAACAAGCUGUCACCACCUAACAACUGUGGGCGCAAGGCCAGGUCCGGUCCCAGGAUCCGCGAUUUGCAUAUGCAGCCUGUAUUAAGCAAGGCCCCGCCCCAGGAACCCGGUAUUUUGCAUAUCACCAGGGCAAUGUGGUGGCGUUGGGCUCCCGAGUGGGCGCGGUGGCGCGGCCAGACCCGAGACGGAUGCCGGGCAAGUCCCAGCCUGCUGCCAGCGCCUGCACAUCCGCCCAGCAGAAGCGCUCGGGCUGGGAACAUGGCGGCGUCCGCGGGCGGACUGGGAGGCGGUGCAGGCCCGGGCCCCGAAGCCGGGGACUUCCUGGCCAGGUACCGCCAGGUGUCGAACAAACUGAAGAAGCGGUUCCUGCGGAAACCCAACGUGGCGGAGGCCGGCGAGCAGUUCGGACAGCUCGGCCGCGAGCUGCGCGUUCAGGAGUGCCUGCCAUACGCGGCCUGGUGCCAGCUGGCGGUGGCGCGCUGCCAGCAGGCGCUCUUCCACGGGCCCGGGGAGGCGCUGGCGCUCACCGAGGCCGCCCGCCUCUUCCUGCGGCAAGAGCGCGACGCGCGCCAGCGCCUCGUCUGCCCCGCCGCCUACGGGGAGCCGCUGCAGGCCGCUGCUAGCGCUUUGGGCGCCGCUGUGCGUCUGCACCUCCAGCUGGGCCAGCCAGCGGCCGCCGCCGCCCUCUGCCUGGAGCUGGCCGCCGCCCUGCGCGACCUGGGGCAGCCAGCCGCCGCCGCCGGCCACUUCCAGCGCGCCGCCCAGCUGCAGCUGCCUCUGCUGCCCCUGGCUGCACUGCAGGCGCUCGGCGACGCCGCCUCCUGCCAGCUGCUGGCGCGCGACUACACCGGUGCCUUGGCGGUCUUCACGCGCAUGCAGCGCCUGGCGCGGGAGCACGGCAGCCACCCGGUGCAGCCGCUGCCGCCGCCGCUCCCGCUGCAGCCGCAGCCACAGCCGCAGCCGCCGGGGCCCCAGCACGGGCCCGGCGCGGGCCCCGCCCUGCCCGCUGCGCCGCUCCCUCCGAACGCCCCUGCGACCGCGCCCUCUCCCGCCGCCCUGGGCGCCUUCUCGGACGUGCUGGUCCGCUGCGAGGUGUCCCGCGUGCUGCUGCUGCUGCUCUUGCAGCCACCGCCCGCCAAGCUCCUCCCGGAGCAUGCCCACACCCUGGAGAAGUACUCCUGGGAGGCUUUCGACAGCCACGGGCAGGAGAGCAGCGGCCAGCUUCCCGAGGAGCUCUUCCUGCUGCUCCAGUCCUUGGUCAUGGCUACCCACGAAAAAGACACGGAAGCUGUCAAGUCGCUGCAGGUGGAGAUGUGGCCACUGUUGAGUGCCGAGCAGAACCACCUUCUUCACCUCGUUCUGCAAGAAACCAUCUCGCCCUCAGGAGAGGGAAUCUGAAGAGUCCCAUUGGCCGACUGACUACUUUUUGCCUGUUACCAAACCUCACGCAUCCGCCUUUGCAUUUGGACGGAAAUAAAGGACGCGGAUCCCAGCGGUCUGCCUUUGUUUGCUUCUUCCUCUUGCCACCACAGGGAUUUACUUGACUGAAAGUUACCUGUCUCCCAAAGACUUCUUUCCACAAUAGUAGGAGAAAAGAACAAUACGCUAGGCUCAGAGUGGGGGACUUAACUCUCUUCCCCAAAACUGCACCAUAAAUAUGACAAUCCUUUUAGCUCUUUCCUCUUCCACCCAACUCGCCCUGCCCCGCCCCCACCUUUGUUUCAUAGUCUGGAUCUUAUUUUGCACAGCUUUGUCUAAAUACUUAAGCUAUGUGGUAUUUUUAUCGUGACUAAUUUCUGGGUGUAUUCUAUAUGUGGUCAUCCAAUUUCUCCUCUGUUUUAUCCUCCCCCUACGUAUUUGUGGGAAUUACUUGAUUCUGUACAUCACUGUUGUCGCUACAGCCCUAAGUCCAUGAUAAAGCCAUUCCACUACUACAUACUUGUGGUUUAGAUUUACUUCAUCUCUAAAAUGGGAAUAAUUUAUCUACAUGUCAGGAGGCAGAAAGAACAAACAGAUAUUCUCUUUCAGUUCCAAGAUGUAUGCAUUCAUUUGAAAUUGACAGUGUGCCUAGUAUGCGGCCUGCGGACCACGCCAGACAGUGAGUGUACGAGAUCAUUUGCGAUGUGGUCCUUACUCAGGUAGCUGCCAUGCAAAUGUGUCCCGAGCAAGAUCGGGUUGUGGGGGGGGAUCCAACGCAGAUGUGUCAGUUGUGCAUUGGAAUUCACGUUUCUGGUUCUGUCCUGGGAGGGACCUGUAAUAUCUGUGACCUCUUAUUUGUUGUAGGGAUCUUCC